AUGUUAAGAUUUUCAACGAAAUUCCAGUAUAGUAGCACAACAUGUUCUUACAUUUCAAAACUAGUUACUUUCUCUUCAGUUAGAGGAAAUAUCAAGCAGUACACUACAGAAGCAUCCAAUACUGCUCCUAAGCUGACAAACAAUAGACCAGAACCUGAUAAGGUAUUACAAGAUAUUGCACAUUAUGUACACAAUAUUAGUAUUGACUCGCAAUUAGCAAAAGAUACGGCCAAACUCUGUUUGUUAGAUACGUUAGGUUGUGGGCUUGCUGCGCUGAAAUAUCCCCAUGUACAAGAUAUCAUUAAGCCAAUAGUUCCUGGCACGGUUAUUCCUAAUGGGACUAAGGUAUUUGGUACCAAUUAUGUGACAGAUCCUGUCAGAGGUGCAUUUGUUGUUGGAACAUUGAUUCGGUGGUUGGAUUUCAAUGAUUGUUGGUUGGCAAAAGAAUGGGGACAUCCGUCUGACAACUUAGGUGGUAUUUUACCAGUUGCUGAUUACAUGACACGCUUAUAUAGAGCUUCAAACGGUAAAGAAGGUAAAGUGUUCAGCGUAGACGACAUUUUGGAAUGCAUGAUUAAAGCCCAUGAAAUUCAAGGUAUUAUUGCACUAGAUAAUUCAUUGAAUGAGGUCGGACUAGACCAUGUCGCUUUGGUUAAAAUUGCAACAACUGCAGUAGUUUCAAAAAUGUUACAACUGUCCGAAGAACAAACCAUUGAAGCGGUAUCACAUGCAUUUGUGGAUGGUCAACCACUGCGUACAUACCGUCAUGCUCCAAAUACGGGUUCUAGGAAAUCUUGGGCUGCUGGUGAUGCUGUUUCCAGGGCCGUAAAUCUGGCAUUUAUGGUGAAAAAUGCAGGAAUUGGAACUAUCCAUUCCGUUUUAACAGCUAGAAAAUGGGGUGUCUAUGAUGUACUAUUUAAUGGUAAACCAUUCAUUUUUGACCAGAAAAAGGAAUACGGAUCUUAUGUUAUGGAAAAUGUUCUCUUCAAGAUCUCUUUCCCGGCAGAAUUCCAUGCUCAGACGGCUGUUGAAGCAGGGAUGAAAGCACAUAGGGUGCUACUGGAUAAUGGCAGAACAUACAAAGAUAUUAAAUCAGUUAGAAUAAGAACACAACAACCAGCAAUUGAUAUAAUUGAUAAAGUAGGCCCAUUGUACAAUUAUGCAGAUAGAGACCAUUGUAUCCAGUAUAUGACAACAAUCCCGUUAAUUUAUGGAAGAUUAGAAGCAGAUGACUAUAUGGAUGCUGUUGCAUUAUUAGCGGAUAUCGAUGUACUAAGAAAUAAGAUCUAUUGUAUUAAAGAUGCUGAGUUUACGAAAGAUUACUAUAAUCCAGAAAAAAGGUCAAUUGCUAAUGCUCUUUUGGUUGAAUUGAAUGAUGGUACUUUUUUAGACGAGAUUGUAGUAGAGUAUCCUAUAGGUCACAAAUUCAGAAGGGAGGAAGGUAUUCCGUUGUUGCUGAAGAAGUUCAGAAAUCACCUUUCUACAUAUAGUCACUAUUCCCCAGGGAAGGCCGAUGAAAUUUACCGUCUUUCCAUGAGUCCAGAAUUUGGGGAGAUGGCAAUUGAUCAUUAUAUUGAUCAAUAUUGUAUCACCUAA